CACAUGUAUAUCCAAAAAAAUCCAUGUCAUAAAAACCGAUCACGAAGAAAAGAUCAAGGGGAGUAACCGUCUGAAACUCUGAAUUUUAACACUUUACACAUACACAUACACACACACACACACACACACACACACUACUGUGUGUAUUCUUAUAUCUCUAUAAACCCUAAUUUCACCUUUAAAUUUCUACAAUCAUGUGUUCAUUUUCACCUUCUCAAACCCUAAUUUGAUUAAUUCUUCGUAGGUUUUUCGCGUUACAUAUACAUAUAUAUAUCGGUUUAAUUGUUUUGUGAGAAAUUGAAUGGGCGAUCUCGGCAUGGAUGAUGAUCGCCCGUACCUGCCAACAUUUGCUGCACCGUUAAACAAUCCGGAUCCGGAUACAAUUCCGGACGAGGCAUGGGUUGCAGCUGAUGACCCGACUCGGGAAGUUUUGAAUUGUAUCCACCCGACUUUGGAUUCCGAGGAUAAAAGGAAAGAUGUUAUUGAAUUUGUUCAGACGCUUAUUCGGCUCAAACUUCGAUUAGAGGUAUUCCCAUAUGGUUCUGUUCCACUCAAGACUUAUCUUCCCGAUGGAGACAUUGAUCUAACGGUCCUUAGUACUCCUAAUUUGGAUGAGUAUCUGCCUCGUGAUGUUCUCCGUGUUCUUGAGGAAGAAGAGCUGAAAGGAAAUACUAAAUUUCAAGUGAAAGAUACCCAAUUCAUCGAUGCUGAGGUCAAGCUUGUGAAGUGUCUUGUCCAAGAUAUUGUCAUAGAUAUAUCGUUCAAUCAAUUGGGGGGACUUUGUACACUGUGUUUUCUUGAACAGGUUGACCGCCUUGCUGGCAAAGAUCAUCUAUUCAAGCGCAGUAUUAUUCUAAUUAAAGCAUGGUGUUACUACGAAAGCCGUAUACUCGGUGCUCAUCAUGGCUUGAUAUCUACUUACGCAUUGGAAACUUUGGUCCUGUACAUAUUCCAUGUAUUUCAUGCUUCUUUAAACGACCCUGUAGAGGUUCUCUACAGAUUUUUGGAUUAUUAUGCCAAAUUUGAUUGGGAUAACUUUUGCGUCAGUUUGGAUGGUCCAGUUUGCAAAUCUUCCCUUCCUAACAUAGCUGUGGAAUCUCUAGGCUACCAAAGAACUGAUGUUCUACUCUGUGCGGAAUUUAGGAAGAACUGUAUGGACAUGUUCAUAGUGCCUUCCAAAGGGGUUGAGACAGAUCUGCGAGGUUUUAUUUUGAAGAAUCUCAAUAUAAUUGAUCCAUUAAAAGCAAAUAACAAUCUUGGACGAAGUGUCCACAAAGGAAAUUAUUAUCGGAUACGGAGUGCAUUUAGAUACGGGGCUCGGAGGCUUGGUAAAAUCUUGAAACUUCCAAGCAGCAAUAUUGGAGAUGAGAUCAAGAUGUUCUUUAGAAAUACCUUGCAGAGGCAUAAACCUAAGUGCGGCCCAGCUCCUGCUUUAGUACUUGGUGCUAAUGGGUUUGGUAAUUUGUCCCUUUCGUCCCCUAGUGAAGCCUAUCACGAGGAUGAUAUAUAUUCAAGAUUCUCAAAUAGUGAUCUUGAUGACUAUAUGAAUGAUGUAUCCAGUUUGGGCGAGACCCAUACUAUGAGCUUACAAAAUGACCAGAGUGGUGCUUUAUGCAACGAAUUUAACUUAGAUGAAGAACCUCUCCUUGAAAACAAGGAAUCAGAGUCUGUUGAUGAGAAGAUGACCCUUGAGCAAUGGAUGAAGAGAGGUGCAUCUGUAGUGGAUGGAGAUUCCCUUUGCUUAUGUGCCAGUAAGAAUGAUAAUGAGAGUAUUGGCGAAACCGAAAUUUUGGACCUGUUUUCUGAUCUCACAGGGGACUACGAUGCUCACAUAAGGAGUCUGUUGUAUGGUCAAGGGUGCCAUGGCUACGCGUUGAAUACAAAUAUAGUCCGUCCUAGUCCUCCUACUUCGCCUUAUGGAAAUAAGAAUCAUUGGGACCCUGCUACUCAUUCAUGGUCUGGGGUGGCUAUCCGGCGGAACUCGGGUUCUCAAGUUAAUGCAAAUGGUGUAGUGAUGGGACACUCCACAUACCUUAAUGGCACCAACCGCACCCCGCGCAAUGUUAUGGUCGGCGGGGCUGGGCCCUAUAUUCCUAUUACGAACUGUAAUACAUGCAAGGAUAGACCAUAUUCAAGGGGGAGAGGGAGGGGCAAUGGGCAAACAAUCUCUAAUGGUCAGCUCCAGCAUCGUCGUGGUGGGUUUGGUGAACCAAAAUUGGUUGUUGAAGCUAAAUAUGCAAACCAAAUCCAAUUUGUACAGUCUCCAAAACAACGCGAUGUCAAUGGACAUUUAUUCAACCAAAAUCACCAGCUGCCUAGCCCCGCCAACUCAACCACCAACAGUAAUUUGAACCAACCAAGGAAACUUGAGUUUGGAACUUUUAGGGCUGUGUCUGAGACCCCAUCUAACAUGGAGGCAUCUCUCCAUUGUGUGCCAAGUCCAAAAGUAAAUGCAAAUGGCAGAUUACAGGGGAGCAAUGGUGAUAAUUCAUUCCACUUGAAGAAUGAAGACGAGUUUCCCCCUCUAUCAGCCUGAGUUUCGUGAUGAACAUGUAUAAACAAAGAGCUAGUCCGAAAUGUGGCAUGAUCAUUAGAUGCUAAUAUACCAGAUAUAACUGAUCUUUAGGAAGGAAAUUGAACCUUUUUUUGCUACUUUAACUGGAAGUUAUCUGUUAGACAGAACUCCUCUUGGUUUUUGUUUUGUUGUGUUAUAAUGUAGAAAAAAAGGUUUAAAAGGUUAAAAAAGAGACCUUUUGUCCAAA